CAAAUAAGGCUCCAUGCGGCACAUCCAUACAGAGACAUCCCUGCCCCCAGAGAGCAGCAUGGACUCUGGUCUGUCCUGGCCAGGGAGAGAGGCGGCCUUGGAGCCUUCCUCGCAACACUGCAUUCGCCACAGCAUCCUCAUGGGCUACAAUGAGACAGAGAUCAAGCGCCAGAAGGUUUACCAGGUCUCCAUCUUCUCCCACCUCUCCAGCUCCUCUGAGAGCACAGAGCAACGGACAGGCAGCCGGGCAGCUAUUAAGCGGGGAUACCCUGAGCAGCAAACUCUGGAAGGGAUGCGGGAUCCCAAACGAACUCACUGGGGUGGCGGGGGGGCGGAGGGCAAGUGGGAUGGGGGUCCCGGGCCAGGUUUCUUGGAUGAUGAUGCCGAUGCCUUUGAGGAUGGUGUGCUGGUGGAGGAGCUGUCCCUGUGUGGCUCUGCUCAGCACUUCUCUCACAGUGGGCUGCAGGUAGUGGAGCACCGAUGCAAGGGCAGCCUGAGCCACAGUCCCAAGGCCAGCAGAGAGGAUGGGUUGCAGGAUGCCUCGUCCUCCUGGCCACAGCACAUUGCUUGCAGUACUUUGCACACAAGAGACAGUUGUCCUGACCUGCCAGGGCAUCAGCCCAGAGACUAUGGGGAGAAUGGGGAGCAGGCAAGUGGCCACAACCUACUUGAACUUGAUUUGCACAACAUUGCACAAACACCCCAGGCAGACUCUGGUGGGAAGAGAGGGAAGUUGGGGGACAGCCCUGCUUCCAGCAGCAGGACUGGCAGAGAAGGGGAAUUGCCAGCAAUGGCCAAUGGGUGCAAGGAGCCGGCAGCUCCUCAGACAGCGCUCAGCCCUGAGCCGAGCAGCCUGAGCUCCUUGGAGAAGACGCCCUGCGGGAGCAGCCGGCUCAGCGGGAGCAGCUGCCUGGCCAAACGGAAGCUGCUGCCAGCCAGGGAGGUCACGGCUGACUCCUGCUCCAUGGACGAGAGCCUGUCCCCACCGGCGAGGAAGAAGAGGGCCCUGUUGUGCCAUUCCGUGCCUACAGCCUGCUGCAGCACUGAUGCCAAGGGGGUCCCUUUCUGGAACCACCUGCUUCCAUCGGCCAAGAGCUCUGCAGGUUGCACCGCAGUCGGGAGGAGGCUGAAGAGCGGCCUGCGCCUCAAAUCGCGACAUCUCCGGAGCAGCCUCCGCAGGGGGACCCGCUCCUCUGCUGCCCCUUGGGCCACCACCACUGUCAGUCACGCUCUGCUGGGCAACUUUGAGGAGUCCAUCCUGAAGGGCCGCUUUGCACCGUCAGGAAGGAUCGAGGGUUUCACAGCAGAGAUCGGAGCCAGCGGCUCCUACUGCCCCCAACAUGCCACCCUGCCUGUCGACGUCACCUACUUUGACAUCUCUGAACACAGCGCGCCCUCGCCUUUCCUGGGAGUGAUUGAUUUGGAGGCCUUGGGAAAGAAGGGUUACAGUGUCCCCAAAACUGGAACCAUCCAAGUGACCUUAUUUAACCCCAACAAGACUGUGGUGAAGAUGUUCUUGGUGACAUACGACUUCCAGGACAUGCCGGCCAACCACAUGACCUUCCUGCGCCACCGCAUCUUCCUGGUGCCUGUGGGGGAAGAGGAGGGGGCUGCCGCGGGCUCCAACAACCCACCAGGCACUGGCCAACCCCGAAGGGUCCUCUGCUACCUGAUGCACCUGAGGUUUCACAGCUCCAAGUCGGGGAAGAUCUAUCUUCAUGACAACAUCCGUCUGCUCUUCUCCCGCAAGUCAAUCGAGGUCGACUCGGGGAUCCCCUAUGAACUGAAAUCCUUCACGGAGAUGCCAAGGAACCCUUGCUAUUCCAGAGACACUGCCAGUUCUUGCCAGUGCUGCUCCAAGCUCGGAGAUAGGGCUGGGCUGCUGCCUCCUUUUGCUGGAGUGAAUAGAGCUGUGCAGGAAGCCGUGUGCCAGAUCUGA